AACAAGAAAAAAUUACUAUGUUGAAACCCAGGCCAAAGAAUAUUGCAGUAUUAGGUCUCGGUAAAAGCAUAAGCACUCCCCCCGAAGGUAUAACAGCUGACAUUGUCGUGUUUUCGAAUUUUGAGAGAUCGAUAAUGCUUCUAUUGAAGAGGUGAAAGGAAAAAUAGUUCUGUUUAAUCCAAUCUAUACAACAUAUUAUGAAACAGCUUCAUACAGAAAACAUGGAGCUGCGAGGGCAGCGAAAAAGGGAGCUGUUGCGUCAUUAGUUAGAUCAAUAACUCCAUUUUCCAUUAAUUCACCUCAUACUGGUAUACAGUAUUAUUCUGAUAAUGUCACUAAAAUCCCUACCGCGGCCAUUACGUUAGAAGACGCAGAUUUGAUAAAUAGAUUCUAUAAAAAAGGCGAGAAAGUUGUACUCAAUAGAAAAAUGCAAAGCUCCUUAGAGACUAAAAAAUCUCGGAAUACUCUAAUAGAUUUAAAAGGAACUAAGAACCCAGAAAAGCUUGUAAUUGUUUCCGGGCACAUUGAUAGUUGGGACGUAGGCCUGGGCGCCAUGGACGACGGUGGUGGCCUAUUUGUAAGUUGGGCUGCUCCUAUCAUUUUGAAAAGACUAAAUUUAAGACCAAAAAGAACUGUUAGAGCCAUAUUUUGGACAGCUGAAGAGUUGGGAUUUAUAGGUGCUUCUGCCUAUGCCGAGAAACAUAAAAACGAAAGCCACAAUAUAAACUUUAUUAUGGAGUCUGAUGAAGGAACAUUUGCGCCACGAGGGCUUGCUGUAGCUGGAACUCAAGAGGCUCGUUGCAUCAUAGCUGAAAUUUUAAAACUAUUUGAAUCAAUAAAUGCUUCUACUCUCGUUGAAAGUGACAGACCUGGGUCUGAUGUAGCUUUGAUUAUUAAAAAUGGUGUCCCAGGAGCCAGUCUCCAUAAUGCAAAUGAAAAGUACUUUUGGUUUCAUCAUACGGAAGGCGAUACAAUGAACGUCGAGAACCCUGAAGAACUUGAUUUAUGUACAGCAUUUUGGACUGCAGUUGCCUACAUUAUAGCUGAUAUUUCUGUUGAUAUACCUCGUUAGAAAUGAUUGCUAUAACUUAUGA